AGCGCACCCUCAGACCGAGUCCCUCGGUCUCCGCAAGUGGGCUCUUUUGCCCCAGCGGGGGGGGCCGGACUAGGUGAGCGGCGGGUGGGGGCUCUGGUGCCAGUCCAGGGAGCGGCGUCGGCUCUGCGUCUUUCCCGGGAGCCGUGUUUCCUCCUUUGAGGCCUCGGGCUGUUCGCUCAGCCAGGAGAACAUCUCUCAAGCUCAUAUUUGUGUUGAAACCAGCCUCAUAGUCCAUCUGUCCUCACUGAUCUCUGGGUUUCUGUGUGACUAGCACCACCAUGUCUAGGGCAGAACAGGAGUCACUGGAUCUGUAAGCUGAACAGAGACCCUUCCUUCCCCAGCAGAAGACUUCGGUUGCCAGACAACCCUGAAGAGGGACUUGGAGCCUGGAAAUGGACCCAGCACCUGCUCUCCUGGCUUUCCUCUCAAGGGCCAGCCCCUUCUCGCUCUCAGCUCAGUGACUGCAACCACUGUACACCUAACUGCAAGUUAAGUCCCUGGUGGGGAAAUAGGAGACAUCCUGCACUUUUUUUGUACAAGGUAGGGAAGUUCUGCAGCUCUUGCCUGGAUCUGCUGAAUUCACACAAAGGCCUCAGGGAAGGUUUGAUACAAGAGUCAAUAUUACCAGUAGUUUCCUAUUGUUGCUGUAAAAAAUCUAUCUCUGAGGUAGAUUCCUAGAAGUGAGGUUGAUUGGGGAAGAGUAAACAUUUUUGCAGCUUUGCUCAUCAUUGACAAAUUUCUUUCCCUAGGGGUUAUAACCAGCAGUGUGUGAGAAUGCCUGUGAUGGCCUUACCAAUAAAGAAUGUGGCCCCUUGUUGCCUCUGUUGAUCUGAAAUAGUAUCAGUGCACUGCAGUCUCCAUCUGUGUUGUUGUGUGUAAGGUCAUUGGUGAUUCCACCAAGGGUGGAGUGGGGAAAACUAUGAGGGAAACUCAUUCCUUGAGUUGGUAGUGGGAGAAACUAUGUGAGGACUGAGGAAAGAAGACAGAGUAGAAAACUGACUGGAAUGAGGGACAGAGACUGGGAAGUAACUGGAAAGAAACCUAUGCUCAAGGGUAGGUCCUUGUCACUACAAAGAUGUUGGAUCAGGCUCUCGUGGUGUGAGGAGGAAUCCAGAGUAGGAGAGCUUCAAGGGAAAGGGCAGAUGAGAGCAUGUCGAGUGCAGGCAGCUCCUCCAAAGCGGGAGGAUGAGCCCUGGGCCAGAGCUACAGAGGGCCCUGCAGAGAAGGGCAGCAGCUCCUUGUCUGUGGCAGGAGGAAGGGAGCAGAGCAAGGCGCAAACUGCACUGUUGGUGCCAAGGCAGGAAAGUGGAUUCCUUCUCAUGACUGUUACUCUGAGAAGUAGGAUACGGGACCAUCUGCAGAAAGUGAGAUGAUUUGUUGUCUGUUGCUACCUAGCAAAUGAUCCCAAACUGUGACCACUUAAAACAAUAGUAAUCAUUUACCAUCUCUCACUGGUUUUGUGGCAGGAAGUCUAGCGUGGCCAGGCCAGAAGGUUCUGGCUUAGGAUUUUCUGGAGGCUACAGGAGGCUGUCAGCUGGGACUGCAUCAUCUGAAGGCUCCACUGGUGCUCAAGGCUCACUCCCCUGGCUGGAAAGUCAGAGCUGGCUGCUGGCAGGAAGCCUCAGUUCCAUACCUAAGCCUUUCCACAGGGCUGCUUGAGUGUCUUCCCAACAUGACACCUGGCUUCCCCUAGACCAGUGUUCAGAGGACUAAGACAGAAGUUGCAGUGCCUUCUAGCUGCACCUGGCCUUGGAAAUCACCCAUUGUCACCUCUGCCAUAUCUGCCAGUCCACAGAGUGCCAUCACGAGAGCCCCCUGGAAACAAGAGAAGAAGCAUCCAGCUUCUUCCACUGCCCCAUUAGUUAGUGUCAGGGUCACAGGAUGGCGGCCAUCAUGCUACCCCCAACUGGAGCAGGAUCUUCCCUGUGCCCAGCCUCCCAGCAGAAGGGAUGCACAGAGGAGGAAAGGCUGGCGAGUGAGCUCCUGACAAGCUGGUUACAGGACUUGGUAACCUUCAAGGAUGUGGCAGUGGAGUUCACCCAAGAGGAGUGGGCAUUGCUGGACCCUUGUCAGAGAACACUGUACAAAGAUGUGAUGCUGGAGAACUGCAGAAACUUGGCCUCACUUGGGUGUCAUGUUGAUAAACCAAAUUUGUUGUCCCAAUUGGAACAAGAAGAGAAGGUAAUGACAGAGGAGAGAAAAGUUCUUCCAAGUCUCUGUCCAGAUGUGCAGACCCUACUUAAAGCCAAAUGGCUAACUCCUAAGAAGCAUGUUUUUAGAAAAGAACAGUCUAAAGGUGUAAAAGUGGAAAGAAGUCAUCAUGGAGUGAAACUCAAUGAAUGUAAUCAGUGUUUUAAAGUCUUCAGUACAAAAUCUAACCUUACUCAGCACAAGAGAAUUCACACUGGCGAAAAACCCUAUGACUGUAAUCAAUGUGGAAAAUCCUUUAGCAGUAGGUCUUACCUUACUAUUCAUAAGAGAAUCCACAAUGGGGAGAAACCCUAUGAAUGCAAUCACUGUGGGAAAGCAUUUAGUGAUCCCUCCUCUCUUAGACUGCAUGUGAGAAUUCACACUGGAGAAAAACCCUAUGAAUGUAACCAGUGUUUUCAUGUCUUCCGCACUAGUUGUAACCUCAAAAGCCACAAGAGGAUUCAUACAGGGGAGAAUCACCAUGAAUGUAAUCAGUGUGGAAAGGCUUUCAGCACAAGGUCCUCCCUUACUGGGCACAAUAGCAUUCAUACAGGAGAGAAACCUUAUGAGUGUCAUGAUUGUGGGAAAACCUUCAGGAAGAGCUCAUACCUGACACAGCAUGUAAGAACUCACACUGGAGAAAAGCCUUAUGAGUGUAAUGAGUGUGGGAAAUCCUUCAGCAGUAGCUUUUCUCUUACUGUGCACAAGAGAAUACACACCGGAGAAAAACCCUAUGAAUGCAGUGACUGUGGGAAAGCCUUUAAUAAUCUCUCGGCUGUUAAGAAACACGUCAGAACUCACACUGGAGAAAAACCCUAUGAAUGUAAUCAUUGUGGAAAAUCUUUCACCAGUAACUCUUACCUUUCUGUGCAUAAAAGAAUACAUAAUAGAUGGAUAUGAAUUUCUAUGGGAAAGCACCUUCUGAUAUCUCAUCCCUAAGACAAUGUAUCUGUCACAGCAUGACAAAUUACCCCCAAAAAACACUUUGUGGUUUCAAACAACAAACAUUUAUCAUCUCACAAUUUCUGUAGGUCAGGAAUUCAAAAAUAGCUUAGCUCUGUAGUUACGCCUCAAGAUCUUCCAUGAGGUUGCAAUGGAGAUGUCAGCCAGAGCUCUGGUCAUCUGAAAUCUUUACUGUUUAAGGAUUUUUUACCCGCUUCCAGGAUGGGUCAUUCAUGUGUCUUGAAAGUUAAUGUUGGUUAUUUCAGGGGACCUGCAGUUUCUCACUAUGUAGGCAUCUCCACAAUAGUAAUUAUGAUUAGGCAGCAAGUUCUCCCCAAAGCAAGUGAUCCAAGAGAGGACCAAUACUAAAGCCACAAUCUCAUCUGUGAACCAGCCUCAGAAGGACAUAUUUUCACUUCCUAUCAUAACUGGUCACACAUACCAAUCCUGAUACAGAAUGGGAGAAGACUACAUAAGGUAUGACUACCAGGAGACAGGGAACCACUGGGAAACAUCUGGGAAAUUUGCCAAGAAAUUACUGAAGAAAAACCUCUAGUAUACCCUCAUCCUUUUUAUUUAACCAGUAUGAAAUAGCAUUCAACUGACCUGUUAAUUUGGGGAGAGUAUUGACUGUAUGGUAAAGUUUUUAGCUCAUAUGCCUAUGCUCAUGUGCCCAAAAGAUUAUAUACUGAAAAAAACCAACAAAGGGGGUGGCUAUAUUCCUGGAAAGCCUCCAGUGUUAUUUCCAGGGAUUCCCAUGAUGGUUCACACUGAGGGAGAAGCCUUUUGAAGGUCAUCAGAAUGGAGCAGCCUUCAGGGACACUUAAGAUAUGCCUGGGAAUGUGAACCCUACACAGGAAAUGUGAACAACUCUACAGCAAAAGGGUCAACAUUACUGAGCAAGAGAUAGUGAGGCCCUUUGACCACAGCAACUGUGGAGAAGCAUAAAUGUUCUCUCAAUUUUUAAGAGAUGUGAAAAUAAUUCUGGAGAGAAAGUCCCUUUGAAUGACAUUGGUCUUGGAAACUUUCCAUUUUUCCACAUAUAUUGGGAAAUGUAUGGGAACUCACACUGCAAAGAAAUUCACAAUAAAAAGUGUAAGUGAAAGUCUUCAAUGAUGCCUCCAUGUUAAGAAAAAUAUGAAAAUUUUCCCUGGAUGCAAAACCUCUGAGUAUCAAUUUUGGAAAAAUUUUCAGUGAUUCCUGUCUUUGUUUUAUGGAAGAAGCUCUAGAAAUGCAAUCAGUCAGUAUUAGGGCACCUUAUCCCAUCUCUUUCUGAGUGGCCACAUAGUAAUUUAUACUGGGAACAAAAAGUAUAAAUGUUGAGAGUAUGGGAUCACCAUUAUCAAUGUCUUAUUUGUAGGUUGGGCCACUAGCUCAUUAAUUUCCAGUCUUUUUUGUUUUAAUGUACGUUUACAUGUCUAUAGUCCCUAAAAUAAACUUUAACUUACAUUCCAUAAUUACAAUGCAAUAUUUUUUAUCAUAAUGUACUCUUUAAAAAUAUCAAUACAUUAUAUAUUCAUAAAGUUAUUUCUCAAGCAGCUAAGGCACCAGCCACAUAUGCCAGAGCUGGUGGGUUUAAAUCCAGCCCGGGCCUGCCAGACAAUGACAACUACAAGCAAAAAAUAACCCAGCAUGUAGUCCCAGCUACCUGGGAGGCUGAGGCAAGAGAAUCACUUAAGCCCAGGAGUUGGAGGUUGCUGUGAGCUGUGAUGCCAUAGCACUCUACCCAGGGAAACAGCUUGAGGCUCUGUCUCGAAAAAGAAAGAAAAGGAAAGUUAUUUCUGAAUAGUUCUGAGUGAUACAGUUUCUCAUAAUGGAAAUUAGACAGUAUUUAUGAUACAAUUUUUUCUAAUUUAAUGGGAUUUUUGUCAGUAAAUUGGGCUUUAUGAUACUGAUUUUAUUUCUUUUUUCUUAGUGUGAUAAAUACUGAUAGUUUCUCAUUGUCCAUUCUUCCCACUUGGUUCAGGUUGUCUGUGAAAAAUACUGAAACUACUCAAUUUUUCAGGCUUUCCUGAAGCCCAGACAGACUUCAUUGCACUCUACCGGCCAUGAGAAGUAGACAGAAGUCGGGGGGGGGGGGAUGGUGAGUAGGACACCAUCUGGCCUUUUCUCACCUAUUAUGUAUUUAUUUUAACCACGAUGACAAAAACUACAGUACAGAAUAAAGGGGGGGCUCCCCAAAGCCUCUCGUUGACUUUAUCAGCUCUGAGUUGCUUAUUAGACUUCUGCAUACAUGAUUAAAAGAAAUCCUCAAGUGGUUGAAACCAAAGUGAUUUGUUGUUUUUUAGUUGGUGGUUUGUUAACUUCCGACUGAAUACAUUCUCAAGCUGGUAAACAUAUCAAUUAGUCGAAUUUUAUCCAUAUUUUAUGUUUCUCUGAAAACAAUGUAUAUGCUGUGAUAUUUGGAUAUAGGGCAUAUGCACAGUAAUGCAAGCUAAUUAUAUUUCAAAUACAGUACAUAUGUAUAGGUUUUUUUCUCUUGAGCUUAUUUAGUGAUAGAGGUGUAGUAAAAUCUUUCAUGAUUAUGGAUUAAUACAUUUCUUUGUUAUUCUGUCAUUUUUAGUUAUAUAUUUUGACGUAAUGUUACUAGGUAUAUCCAGGAGUAGGUAUUUCAUUGUGAGUUGUUCCUUCUUAUGUAGAAACUUUUUAUAUAGCAAAAUAUUACAAAGUGUUAAUAAUGAAUGGUUAGACAUUUAUAUGGCCCUUCCCAUAGACCAAAUACUCUGUAAGGCAUUUGAACAGCAACCUCAGUGAAUUGGAACAAUGAGUCAUAUGAAUCUCUAGUAACAGCAAGUCUUGGCAUGCAAGAUCCUACGACUUUGGGGGAAGGAGGCUUCCAAUCUAAAAUUCUGUAACCUAAGAAAACAUUCUUCCAUGAUUCCAUAUGGACAUACAUAAAUAUAGGAAUUAAGAUCGGCAGGAGCACAAAAUGCAAGUAAUUGCAAAUGAACAUUGGUAGUAUAAAAACAACCCUGUAUAGUUUUAUAACUCUUAGGUAUAUCUAAACUUUUUCAAAAUAAAAUGCUUUUAAAA